UGUUCUUUUCAUAGAAAAAGUAAAACUUGCAACAGGUGAUCGGUAAUUUACGGAAAAUACCGUGAACUGUUCGUGAAAUAGUGAAUAAGAUGGAAUAUAAAUGUGAAUAUCUGAGAGAAGAAAAAAAUCGGUCGUUAAUUUCCGUGACUUGAUACGAUGAAUAGUUCAAUAUAUACAGGACAAGGAAUCCGAAAAUUUGGAACUAAUUUAGAAUAUAAUGUUAUAACUCUUUGAGAAAAAAGAUGAAUUAUUCAAGAUACGUUUAUUUUGUUUAUUUAUGUCUAACAUGGAUAAUAGAAGUAGCGUCUGGUAGACUGCCGGACAUUACAAUAACAGAGGUAUCCUCCCUAUCACCGAAGAAGAUUUCACUGCAAUGGACGCCAACAUUUGUACCCAAGAAAGGUCAAUCAGAAUACGUCAUAAGGUACAAAGUGAAAGGAGGGACGUAUAUGAGAGCAUAUUCCAAGAAGACCGAGGUGAUUAUAAAAGAUUUACUUCCGGACACGACGUACGUGAUGGCCGUCAGGAUGGUCAAUUCAAAGACACGUGGUGACUGGUCAGACACAGUAGAAAUCAAAACUAAAUCAAGGUCAACUCAUUCCAAUGAUGACGUUUUUAGUAACAUAACAGUGGAAGAAAUAACAGAAACAGCUGUCAUCUUGAACUGGACCAUUAGCAAGAAUAUUCACCAAAUAAAAGAUUUUGCAGAUUUUCAGAUAAUUUUAAAAAGCAGGGACCUUCAACAGAAGCAGAAGACAAAAUUAUUUGGAAUAGUUAUACAAGAUUUGAUCCCAGACACGAGCUACGCCGCAAAUUUAUACAUCAUACUAGGCAAUGGUAAGAAGAUACGGACCGGUAGAACAAAGUUUCAGACACUGGAACUUCAGAGAAAACCUCCGAGGAAACUCAAGGUCAAAUCAGUAACACAAAAGGCUAUUGCAGUUAAAUGGAAGCACAUAAAACCUUCAUCUGGUAACGAAAGUCUGUCGGGAUAUGUCCUAGAAUAUAAACAGAAAGGAUCUGAUAGCACAGACGCUUGCAGUGUGGCCAUUGUCAGCACGAAAAAAUCGUUCAAAAUUCAAGGGCUUCUUCCCGACAUGAGAUAUUCUGUAAGAGUUGCAGGCGUUUUUAACGAUGUUACAGGACCAUUCACCGAGUGGCUGCGAGUCAAGACCUUGGAGACAACAGAAGAAAAUCAAGAUGUGUUGGUGUAUUGCACGUCACCAACUAGCGUUAUGUUGUUAUGGCAACUAUUUCCGGGGAUGACUAAUGUGUCCAGCAUAAAAGUAAAAGUAUCAACCAGAGAUGAGAGGUCUUUUUAUGUUGAGCAGAAUGUACUCGUGGACAGUAAAGAAUUUGUUGUUGACGGUGAUAAGAGUGUAAUAGAGGUGAACGACCUGAUUCCGGAAACUCGAUAUCAGGUGACUUUAGAGUUCAGAGGGAUUAACAAUCAUUGUAAACAGUACAAAAUGCAAAAUUUUGUUACCGUAGAAGCAAAGUGUGUUGAAGGUUGCAUAAUUCAGCCGCUAAACGAGUCGUAUAUUUACGAGUCAUACCUUCGUAUGAUUCCGUUACCAAACGACAUUUACCUCGUCACGUGGCAGUACUAUAGACAAUUUACAAACCAAUCAGAGUUCAAAUACGUCAUUAGAGUUUUAGGAGAACCAUUUUUGAAUCAGCUUUCAGCCAACCUUGUUCCAAACGGUAACAGAUACUCUCUUCUGACACAGUUGAACCGGAGUAAAACGUACACCAUAAAUCUUCAGGUCUUCAGUUCGAGCCAUGGGGGUCGACCUUUAGCGUCACAGUAUCUUCUAGUGAUGCCCAUGUCGGAGAUUUGGCAUGGUGACAUGAAGGAAAUAUCUAACGUGGAGUCCUCAAUUAUCUACCCAUGGUCGGCAACUAGCAUUGAUAUUAUUAUGAAUUUAAUUGACAGAAAUGAAACAGCAUUGUUUGAGACAUUUGAUUCCUAUGAUGUUCAAAACAUACCAGAAGCAAAUAUUACACUUCUCUCCAAAUUAAACGUGGAAGAAACCUGGGCCGGAAAUAUAUCUACAACUCCCAUAGUACCACAAAUCCAUCCAAUGGAAGACGUGGUCAUACAAGAAGACAAGUCAUUAGUGAUCACGUGUUUUGCCCAAGGUGAUCCGUAUCCAAUGACGUCAUUGCUAAAUAUAUCCUCCAAUCAGACGCUAGGGGGUGAGGGAAAUUGAUGUAAACC